UAUGAGUUCAUAACUUACUAACUUAUUUCGUACUUAGUAACAGUACUUAUCAUUUAUAAGUCCUCAAAAUAAGUACUGGUCUUUGUUUGUACUCGUCUUAUUGACUUUUUUCAUCUUCCCAUGUAGAUGUUUGCAGGCUGAGGAGUACACCAAGUAAAGAGCAUGUCUAAAAGAAGAGCCAGACUUCGUCCUGAGGCUGAGGCUGCUCAGUUUAUUAUAUCUGGCAGUGACAAGCCUUGUUUAAAGGCCCAGUGGAUCAAUGACUAUAAAGGACGUGGUGUAUUUGCCUGUGCACCAAUUGAAAAGGGAUCCUUUGUGGUCGAGUACCGUGGGGAGUUGAUUUCACAAUAUGAACGGGACAAGCGGCAGAAAAAGUACACAGAGAAGGAAAAUGUUUUCCUGUUUGAUUUUGAAUGGAACAAUAGCUCAUGGUGCAUUGAUGCAUCCCAGGAAGAUGACUCGCUGGGCCGUUUGGUUAAUGAUGGCCACAAGUCCCCAAACUGCAAAAUGAAAAAGUUGACAGUCCAGGGUAAACCUCAUCUUUGCUUGUUUGCCAUUGAAGACAUCCAAGCAGAGAGUGAAAUAACCUAUGACUAUGGAGAAUCUCAAUGGCCAUGGCGAGCUUUGGCACCAAGUGUUCAGAUCCUUGCUCAUCCUUCUGCAGACCAGGAACUGAGUGAGAGAUCCACUUCAUCCUUCCAACAAGCACCAAGUGUUCAGAUCCUUACUCAUCCUUCUGCAGACCAGGAACUGAGUGAGAGAUCCACUUCAUCCUUCCAACAAGUCAGCCAGACCACUGGAGGUGUCUCCUCCCACCAGACAGCUACUGUAAAGAAAGUCGAACAGCCCUUAGUCAAUGACGGUGGAUUCCAUGAUGGAACCUCUGCAAGCUUAAGUGACCAGAUCUCUACUGAUGAAUCUGCAGAUUGUACAGAUUAUGAAGAUAUUGACUAUGUUCCAGACUCAAGUGGCAAUUCCUCAGGCGAAAGUGUUCGUAGUAAGGAACUGAGAAUCCAAGAAUCUCUUGCUCCCAAAAAAGUCUUAAAGGACAUGCUAGUGGAGAUAGCUACAACACACAGUGGGGAGAUCACUGGAUCAGAGAGUCCAACAAGUUUUAGUUCGUCACUGAGGAGCAGCAGUCAUAGCACUUCAGGGAUGAGUUGCAGUGCCAGUUCAUCAGGGAAUACAUCACACAGUAACAGCUCCAUGAAAGUCCCUCCAUUGCCAAACUCAGCAAAACAAAGCAAGUACAACAAGAAGCAAUAUUGACUUUAUUGUAAAAAGGCCAUAUCUAAAUUGGCAAGACACCUUGAAUCCGCCCAUAGUCAACAGCCUGAUGUUGCAAGGGCUUUCGGUUUUGAUAAAAGAUCCUGUGAAAGAAGAGAUAUGUUACGCUCUAUUAAGAAGAUGGGAAACUUUAACCAUAAUGCUACCAUGGCAACCUCUGGUGCUGGAGAAAUGGUUGCUUGUCGAAGACCCGCUAAAGCAAGAGAUUCUGAUUGUUAUCGUCAUUGCAAAUUUUGUCAAGGACUAUAUGCAAGAGAUUGCCUUUGGAGACAUGUGAGAAAGUGCCCUCAGAAGUCCACUGAAGGAGAGCCUUCCGCUGGGCGAAAACGGAUGCAACUGGACUUACCGAAACCCGAUCAAUUUCAUGAAGCUGUUUGGAAGAUUGCCUGUGAAAUGAACCAGGAUGACAUUUCCUUGGUAGUAAGGAGUGAAAGAGACAUCCUUAGCCUUGGCGAGUCACUGUACAAUGCCAGGAAACCACAUGAGAGAAGGAAUGAUUACAUACGCCAAAAAAUGAGAGAGAUGGCAAGAUUAUUGAUAACAGCAAGAGCUAUGACACAUUUGAGGAGCACAGAAGACCUUGUUAUGCCCAGUAACUUUCCCCAGGUCA